GCCCGCCACCUCAGCGCGCCGCGCGUCAUGCCACAACACCGCCGCACCCGCAGCAGCGGCCGCCUCUGAAGCGCAUACCGACAGCAGGUACCGACCACUGUGCUCUACCAGCCACCGGCCGAACUGACAGACGUCUGAAGGCUCACCCCUGACCGCCGCAACAAACUCGACUCAGCUCUCUGCACGGUCGGGGUCGGCGGGCCGCCAAGCCGCCAGCAUGGGCUGCUUCGGGAGCAAGGACAAGCUGUCCAAGGAGGACAUGGACUUCCUCAAGUCGCACACGCGUUACGACGAGGCCACCAUCAAAGAGUGGUACAAGGGCUUCAAGCAAGACUGCCCCAACGGCCGCCUGACGCCGGCUAAGUUCGUCGACAUGUACAAGAUGUUCUUCCCGAGCGGCAACGCCGAGGAGUUUUGCGACCAUGUCUUCCGGACAUUCGACAUGGACAAGAACGGCUACAUCGACUUCAAGGAGUUCCUCCUGGCCAUAGAUGUCACAUCUUCUGGCACACCAGAGGAAAAAUUGAAGUGGGCGUUUAGGAUGUAUGAUGUUGAUGGCAACGGUGUAAUAGACAUUCAAGAAAUGACCAAAAUAGUGCAGGCGAUCUAUGACAUGCUAGGUGCCUGCUCUUCUAACAGACCAGCUGACUCAGCUGAGGAACGAGCUAAAAACAUAUUUGCCAAAAUGGAUGAGAACAACGAUGGACAGUUGACUCAAGAGGAAUUCCUCAAGGGUUGUCUCCAAGAUGAGGAACUUUCUAAAAUGCUUGCACCAUAAUGAGUGAAGAAGUUGCAUCUCAUUUCAAUGAACAUUAUUGUCAUGUCUUCUCUUUUUAUGAUAUUAAUAUAAGAACGAGAUUUCUUUUGAUCAUGUACAUCUCUAAGUGAGGCUAGUCAUUCACUGCUUAAAGCAUAAUUGUUGUGAUAGACUGAUAUGCCUCACAGUAACAGAAACAGAGUGAUGUGUUAUAACAGCGUGACACGGGCUAUAACUCACAUUCCAUGUUACUACUUGAAAUGAAUCAGAAAAUAUUUUCUACCACUUUUAUCCUACAUUCCUUCAGCAUUUCCACUGUAUGUUAUUGAAAUAUAACAGUGGUAGAUGUCAAGGGCUAUAGAUAUCAUCUGAUUUCCAUUUUCUUUGUGAAAUUGUGACAUUAAUUUGUUGUUAUAUUAAUAUGUAAGACUCCAUCUCUUCAGCUGGUAACAUAAUGUGGUUGUUAUUUAUUGUACUUUUAAGUUAAUUUUUGAACUACUGUGAAAGUAUUGCAAAGUUUUUAAGAGUCUUUAAAAGAAGAGAAGGUUGAGUCUUAUUUGCUCAUGUCUAAAGAAACGUAACUGCAUUUCUAUGCUUGACCCCAGGUUAACAAUAGUAUAGACAUGUAUAUGUGUAGUAGGAACUUCAUUAUCAUUUUGCUGCUAAUACCCUAUUGCUGGAUGAUAUUUGUGUUGUGCAACAUUUACAUCUUUUUGCAACACUGCAGUUAAUUAAAAUAACAAGGAAACUUAUUACUAAUUAUUUAUUGGUGUCAUUACAUUGAAUUAAUAAGUGAUUUUUCUGAAUAAUUUUUUUAAUAACUGAUGGAUAGUUUUUGAAAUUUAAAAUAACAAGGAAAUUGCUUACAAAUUAUUUAUUUAUGUCACUUCAUUGACUUAAUUGUCAAAUUAUUUUUCUGAGUGAUUUUUUUAGUAACUGAUGAAUAUUUUUUGAAAUUUACUUUAGGUGGCAUGCUUUUCUUUUGGUCUCUCUCUGGCAACUGUGUAACAUACCCACCAGCAGUAUUUCAUGGGAGGUGAUAAAAUAUCACAAAGCAGUUAAUAGAAAGUUGUUAAAUAUGGGUGUGUAAUUACAUUUCCAGAAUUUGUAGAUUCCUUCUUUGUAGCAGGAACCAGAUAUAUGAUCAGCUCUGUGUCUUUUAGAGAUACUGUCACUGCCAGUGUUCCAGAUUACAUUAUGCCUCCAUAAUCCUUGCUCCUUGUCUUCUGUAAGUGCUUUCUUCACCUGUGAACACAGUCUAAGUUGAGACUGUAGUUCUCAAACAUUCAGCAAGUUAAAUUCAUUCUGUUAAAAACUGGCAUGUGGAGUGAGUAGUAAGCUGUUCCAUGCCACUGCCUGUUUUUUCUAUUUUUCAGCAAUACUGUUUAGAGCAAACUAAGUGUUUGUCACAGAUCUUGCACUUAGAGUGAAAUCUGUCAGAAAUUCAUAAUCUACCUGUUGUUAUCUGGACAUUAUGUUCUUUGCUGUAUAUUUAUGGCCACAUUGUGUAGAUGAUGUGCCCAUUGCCCAUUCACUAAUUUGUAACAUGUUGUGUGCUACUGAAAGCUAUUAGUUUGCAUGUUUCAUAGCAAUAGAUUUACUGCAUUGAAGAAAAAAAGACAGUUCCUCCCCACUCUGCACAUUUCAUAGUUAUAAGAAAUGUUAUUUUCUCAUUUCCAUAUGCCAGACUUAACUAUUUUUGAAAUGACAUUGAAAAGCUUAUCGAUACUGGCAACUAAAAGA